AUGGAUGGUUUCGAUCGUCUCCUCCUCGUCCUCGCCCUCGCGUACGUCGCGAUCGCGCCGUGGUGCAAGGUUGAGGAAUCUUUCGCGCUUCAAGCGACGCAUGACUUCUUGCACGCGGAAUCGACGCGCGACGUGGAGACGUUCGAUCAUCGGGCGUUCCCGGGCGUGGUGCCAAGGACGUGCGUUCCGUCGUUAGCGCUCGCGGUGACGUCUUGGGUGCCGGUUCGAGCGAUUCAAAUGAUUACGGGCGGAGCGGCGGCGACGAAGGCGUCGGAGCAAGUGGUGACGCGGAUGGUGUUGGCGUUCGUGUCGGUGAGGUCGUACGGACGGUUUAGAGAGGGUGUAAACGCUGCGUUCGGAUCCACGGUGUCGGCGUUCACGGCGAUCGCGUGUGCGGUAGAGUUUCAUUGUAUGUUUUACGCCUCGCGGCCGCUCAUGAAUGUCUUCGCCAACGCGUGCGCGAUGAGAGGUUUAGGGUGGUGGAUUCGAGCGACGGCGACGAGAAACGAGAGGUGCGUCGAUCGCGGCGUGGUUUUGUUGACGGUGGCGACGUUUUUGUUGCGAUGCGACGUUGUUUUGAUGCUCGGCGCUGUUGGUUUGCACAUGUUGGCGACGCGGUUGAUUUCGUUUCGGCGAGCGGUGUGGCUCGGCGGAGGUACCGCAUUGAUGACGAUCGCGACGUCGGUCAUCGUCGACUCGUGGUUUUGGGGCGAGCUCGUGUGGCCCGAGGGUGCGGUGCUAUAUUACAACACCGCGCUGAACAAGAGCUCGAAUUGGGGGACAUCACCUUGGCACUGGUACUUCUCUUCGGCGCUGCCGAAGAGUUUGCUCUUCGCCUAUCCGCUCGCAUUGGUUUCCGUGUUCUUCGAGCGACGCGUUCGUCCUGUGAUGUUCGUCUGCGCAUUCUACGUCGGCCUUUACAGUUUCUUACCACACAAGGAACUACGAUUCAUCUUUCCGACGCUCCCGCUAUUUAAUCUUGCCGCGGCAACGGUUUUGGCGCGCGCGUGGAACAAUCGAGCCAAGCGACCGCUCGUCACGAUGUGCGCUCUUGGUGGUUUGUGCGCCAGCGCCGCGCUCGUGAUCGCAUUCACGAUGGCUUCGGCGGUAAAUUAUCCAGGAGGCGAGGCGUUUCACCGUCUCCAUCACGACGCGAUCGUGGCGCCUCGACCGGGACGCGUACACGUAGACGUUCCAGCAGCAAUGACGGGCGUGAGUCGCUUCGGUGAAUCCGCGAGCGCUUCUUCGGGAUGGUCCUACAGUAAAAUCGAGGACCUAGACGUGGAUGAUUUCUACGAUCUCGGUUUCGACUAUUUGCUCAACGCGCACAAAGUUGUGCCCGGAUACGACGCGGUGUAUGUUGCGAGCGGAUACGACGGGAUGCGAGUCGAUCUGCGCAUGUUCCCACCGUUGCGCGCCAAGACGAAACCGGAGAUCUUCAUCCAUCGUCGACGACGCGGCGCAGACCAGAGUUGA